CGUUUUCAUAUAAGCUUGUAGGGUCGCCACGAUUGUAUUGUCUGUAUACGGAAAGUUGCAGGCAUUUGUGCGCGUCAGUGUCACCUGCGACCGCUGCUGGGGGUGCGAGGUGUCGGCGCCGCAGCCAUGGCCGGAACUGACGUCUCCUCGGACCAGAGCAAGACAAAGCGGCCCUCCAGCAACAAGUUCAAACAACAACAGCUGCCAGCCUGGCAGCCGAUUCUGACAGCAGGCACUGUGCUGCCGGCCUUCUUCGUCAUUGGCGUUGCCUUCAUCCCGAUCGGGAUCGCGCUGCUGACCUUCUCCAACAACGUCCAGGAGCUGGUGCAUGAUUACACAUACUGCAACAGCUCGAUCCCCCGCCACGCUGGUGCGCCAUGCGAACAGGUCAUCCGCAACAGCUCCGAACCGUGCACGUGCGAGAUCGAGCUCAACGUGACCGAGAGCCUCAACGGCCGCGUCUACAUGUACUACGGCCUGACCAACUUCUACCAGAACCACCGGCGGUACGUCAAGUCACGCGACGUUGACCAGCUGAAGGGCAAGGAGUCGUCGCUAUCCGACUGCUCGCCGUUCGACAAGCUGGAUGGGAAGCAGAUCGCGCCAUGCGGCGCCAUUGCCAACAGCCUCUUCAAUGACACGUUCGAGCUGAAGCUGCUGGGUCCCGGGCCAGAGCAGACAGUGCAGCUGGUGCGCACUGGGAUCGCCUGGCCCUCGGACAAGGAGCAGAAGUUCAAGAACCCGCCGGGCACCCUCGACAGCACGGGCGCCUUUAAGGACACGGUGAAGCCGAUCAACUGGGCGAAGCCGGUGUGGCAGCUUGAUCCCGAGGACGCGCACAACAACGGAUACGAGAAUGAGGAUCUGAUUGUUUGGAUGCGCACCGCCGCCCUGCCCACCUUCCGCAAGCUCUGGGCCCGCGUCAACGACUCUGCCGAGACGUUCAAGCACAGCCUGCCCAGCGGCCUUUACCGCAUAACCAUCGACUACAACUACCCCGUCUCGUCGUUCGACGGCACCAAGCGCGUCAUCCUGUCCACCACGUCCCUGCUGGGCGGCAAAAACCCGUUCCUGGGCGUGGCGUACAUCGUCGUUGGCUGCAUCUGUCUUGUGCUCGGCGUCGCCUUCCUCUUCAUCCACAUCAAGUACGGCAAACGCGGGACCGACACCAUCACCAGCCACUCCAACUGGAGCGAGCACUAAGCGCGCUGUUGCCGGGCUGGCCCGCCAGGCGGCGCUGCGUGC